UUAAAAUAAUGAGUGGACGCGGUAAAGGUGGUAAAGUUCGUAGUAAGGCAAAAACAAGGUCAGCCCGUGCCGGUCUUCAAUUCCCUGUUGGUCGUGUACAUCGUCUUCUACGCAAGGGCAAUUACGCUGAGCGAGUAGGUGCUGGUGCUCCAGUCUACCUAGCUGCAGUUCUCGAAUAUCUGGCUGCAGAAGUUUUAGAGUUGGCUGGUAAUGCUGCUCGUGAUAAUAAGAAAACUCGUAUCAUUCCAAGACAUUUACAGUUAGCCAUCCGCAACGAUGAAUAUUUGAACAAAUUUGA